ACACUACUCAGCCUCCCGGGGAAAGCUUAUGCCAACCAGGGUGCUGGAGAGGAGGCUCCGACCAUUGGUCCAACCUUCAAGACCAGCAGAGCGGAUUUCCGUGGCCUCCGGCAUUCACUGGGGUCAACGUUCCAACCCUCACCGAUGGUCACGAACUUUGGGUAGUGACCGAAAGAACGAGGUUCCUCCGUAGGGUGGCCGGGCUCAGCCUUAGAGAGAGGGUAAGGAGCCCGGGCAUCAGGAGGGAGCUUGGAGUCGAGCUGCGACUCCUUCGCGUCGAAAGGAGUCAGCUGAGGUGGUUCGGGCCUCCUGGACGCCUCCCUUUAGAGGUUUUACAGGCGUCCAUCUGGGAGGAGACCCCGGGGAAGACCCAGGACACGCUGGAGGGACUACAUCUCCCAGCUGGCCUGGGAACGCCUCGGGAUCCCCCAGAGUGAGCGGGAACGUGUUGCAGGUGAGAGGGGAGUCUGGGUCAGCCCGCUUAUGUUUUUACACAGAUUUAUUGAUCAAAUCAAAUUUAGUUUUGUAAUUUAAACUGUUUUGACCAAAACGAGUAAAUAGAUCAAUUGUAAUAAAGUCUCAUUUCGUGAGAAAAGAGCCUGAAGAUGUUGAAUUCAGGGAAUAAAAAGUAUAAAAUAAAUACCCACAAUAGUACACAAUAUUUCUGUACGUUGUCAUGGUCACGGGGUAUGCUGUCCCACUCACAUUUACAUAAUUUCAAGCCCCUCACAGCCUCUCACACUCAAUCAUUGAACAGAUGACGUCAGUAAGUCCCUGAGGGUUCAGGGGUUGAGGAUCUAGGGGGAUCUGGGAUUGGGCCAACACGUCGAUGGUACUCAACGGCGGCCCGUCAGCCAAUGACGAACGACUUUACUGGCCGUCCGCCAUCCACGAGCCAAUCACAGCCGUUGGUGCUGGUGCGACUUUAGCGGGUACACUUUCGACCAGACUUGCGAUUUCGAGUCAACGGCAGACCGAAGUUGAUGAGCUUUGUUUUGGUCGAAAGAAAGUCUGUCGGAUGAAUACAUCUGUUUUUUAGUAGUACCGUGGAUUUGUUUGUCUAGUGACGUCGGCUUGUGUCCUAAACAACAACACGCCGGCUCUCCUUCCGGCUCGAUUUUUCUUACUUCGCGCACUUAACGCCACUUGUCACAAUGCUAACUAACUAGCUCGCUAAUGCUAACCAACGUUAGCCGAACCGAACACAGCAUUUAAAUGGUGUAUUGAGGCGACGUGCUAUCUUUCCCCCCGCUGCCACGUCCAACGGCCUGUAAACAAGAGUAGCCUAUAGCUACACCUGUCGAGAGGAAAGGGAGGGAGAACCUCACACGGACUGGGACCGGUAACAGCAAGUCCGGAGCCCCUGAAGACUCGUCGUCAACACUCUGACGAGAAACCGACCGGCGUUUUGGAUGGCCGUGGCUCCCGCUUCGAUGGCCGAUAAGAUUAUCGUCCUCGACGAUGACGACGACGAAGAGGAGAGUCCUCGACCCUCCUGCUCUGCCUACGCCUCGCCCGCUCGUCAACAAGCCAAGAAGUUCUUUCCACUCCGAGCUCCGCAGCCCGCCCCCACCCACAUCACCCAGUCGCCUUUUGCCUCCACCAAGAAGCACACGCAUGUGCUGCAGGCGGAGAACCAGAGGCUGUUCACCGAGUUCGUGGACCACUGCGCCACCAUAACCCAGGACUGCCCAGAGGUGUUGGACUUCCUCCGAACCAAGCACGCCAAGUCCUCCCCGGAGUACCUCUCGUCCGUGGAGUUCAGGAACACCGUGGGCCGCUGUUUGACUCACACUCAGGCCAAGCGCUCCAAAGCCUACGUCUACAUCAGUGAACUUUGCACGGCGCUCCGGCAGCACGCCGUGAAGCGGCGCCAGACCCUCACCAAGGUCGAGCCCGGCGCUUCUACCUCAGCAUCAGGUUUCGCCCGGUGUAACUCCGACUUGCCCGAAGGGGAAGGCGCGGGUAACGGUCCGAUGAACGAGGGCGACAAUCAGCCGGAGGUGGAGAAGAAGGCAAAGAGGGCGUCCAAGAGACAGAUCGCGUACCUGGAGAACCUGCUGAAGGUGUACAACGACGAGAUCUCCCGCCUGCAGCAGACCGAGCUGAACAUGGACGACAUGGGAGCCGAGGACUCCAUCUACAUCCAGGAACACCGGCUGAAGCGCAAGAUGAUGAAGAUCUAUGAGACGCUGUGUGAACUGAAGAACUGCAGCACGCUGACGGGCCGCGUCAUCGAGCAGAGGCUCUCCUACACCGGCACUCGCUACCCGGAGAUCAACAGGAAGAUCGAGCGGUACAUCAACAGCCCCGAGGCGCACCAGAACCCUCCGGACUACCAGGACAUCCACCACCAGGUGCUGCGCGCCAACGAGCGCCACAACCUGUGCCUGAGCGCGAGGCAGCUGUCCCAGAUCGCCCAGGAGGUCUUCACGGAGACCGGCAGCAGCCUGCAGGAGCGGCGCCACCAGGACCUGGUCUACAACUUCGGCUCGCGCCUCACCGACAACUACAAGACCGCCACCGACCCGGCCCUGGCCGACCCUUCACUGCUGCGGCAGCUCCGGCAGAACAGAGAAGUGGCUCUGGCCCGCCUCAAGGAGGUCGUCACCACCUACGCCGUCCGACAGGAGGACAUGGAGGAGGAGGACCGGGCCCGGCGGCUGGACAGAGACAGCCGGGACAAGGAGACACACAAAGCAGAAAAUGGAGAAGGGCACAAAGUGGUGAACGGCGUGGCCCCGGUGGAGGAGGAGGGGGAGGAGGAGGAGGAGGAGGAUGAUGAAUCGUCAGACCCAGACAUUGAGGAGGAGAUCGAGGCGAGCACCCAGCAAGAUGGACCCGACGGUGACGAGGACGCCGACGCCAACGAGGCGGAGCCGGCGUGUGGCGCUGCCAACGCGGGGGACCCCGCCGAUCAGCUGGCAGCCGGGGCUUCCGCAGGGGAGGAGGAGGAAUGCGCGAGGGAUGAAGAGGAGGAGCCCGCCAGUGGACUCAGUCCUCUGUCUGAUGAAAGCAAGCCCCGAAUCUCCCCGCCGUCCGACCUCCCCUCCCCGAGGCAGAGCCCCAGCCAAUCGGAGCCGGCGUGGGCCGACGCCCCGCCGCCGCUGUCCAACGGUAACCACGCGGGCCUGGAGGAGCCCAACCGCGUGUCUGCGGUGCCGGUCAGCACCAGCAACGUCGCCAAGGCCCCCGGGGCCGUCUCCCCGGCGACGGCCAACGGGGGGGGGGCUCUGCCCGCGGUCGGCGUGGAAAGUUGCGACACGCAGACGACGAACGGCACGUCGCCGCCGCCCAGCCUCCGGACCUCGAGGAAGAGGAAGAGGGAGAGGGAGGACGUGAUGUCAGAGAACUCCCGGAACAACAAGCACAUACUCAUCCACGACAGUGAGGCGGACAUCCCUCUGGACAUGGGCGUGUUCAGCUGCAGCUCUCCGCAGCGGGCCGAGUCCCACCAGGUCAGCAGCUCCCAGUCGACGCCGCCGCCCAAGAAGAACAAGGUCAACGUGGCCACGCAGUGUGACCCGGAUGAGGUCAUCGUGCUGUCAGACUCCGAGUGACCUUUGACCUCGCCGUGCCGCAGCAUUGGUCCACAGCCGUGUGGUCGGUCACUGUUCCCCCUGGAAGGUGCAUUUUAAGCACCGCCGGCGUUCAGCGAGAGGAAAACGGCCGCUGAGUCCGUGGUACCAAACAGACAAUAUCAGGUUCACCCGACACACAGCCAACCGUCACCACGGAGACGACCAUGAACUGAGAACUCGAUGACGGAACCAAACAGAAGAGUGUUUUUGUAAAAGACUUGAAUAAAAAGAAUUUAAACCUGACAUUGAAAUAGCGCUGUUUGACCAGGACACGGUUUUGUUUUGGGGGGGGAAAUCAUGAAGUCCUCGUGUUCCGCUGCGAGCGCCGCAGAGAGCACGGCGCCGUCCUCACACCAGAGAGGCGGCGGCCUCGGUGAAGACGGCCCGGUGGGAAUCCAUCGGUCCACGCAGCCAGACCGCUGUCGCCGUGUUUCCUGCCGCGCGGUGCAUCCAACGGAACGACGAGAACUUUUGUUUGAGGGAUUUCGGUAAGAGACCAGUGCCUGGAAAUAUGGAGGCGUGGCCUGAUGGGGGGGGGGGGGGGCACUCAACUGGUGCAGGCUUCACUGCCAGUUUGUUUACAUUUUUAUAUCUCAAUCGUGUUUUCCUUUCAUGAAGCAAGUAGUGGGCUGUAUGCGAUGACUUUUGAGUGCUAUUCUGUUACUUGCUAUAUUUAUGCCGUGCGUUGACGGCCAGGAGCGCUUUGCUUUGUGGUUUGAUAAGAGAACAAUUUAAAGAUUUUAUGCUUGUUUUUUUCCUCUCCAAACACUUUUUAUUUUUAGGUUUGUAAUAAAGUAAGUUUUUUAAAAAUUCAGACCAAUGUCUGCAAUAGUUUCCGGGUAGUUCUUGGUUUAAAUGUCCCUGCAUCCUUCUGAUGAGCCGGGACUCGUGUGACUCACACACACAUGACCUGCUGCGCCACCCCACGUGUGUGUUCAUCCUCAGCUGAAAAUAGUCCCAAACUGAUGCACUUUUUGCUCGUCGAGUAAUGUUUGCAUCGUGAACCCUCCGGUGUCGAGGCGUUUGGGGAAAGAGGAGCUAAUGGAGCCGAGAGCGGGCCGUGAAGGGAGUGAGAGUGACACGAAGAGAAAGAUGUGACGUUCAGAUUGAAGAGAUUCUUGAGUUGAGUUCCACCGCGAUGACACUGAUGAAUUCAACUACAAUAACUGCAUCUAUCCACCCGGUCCCCACAGUUUACGAACCCACCACGCGAGCAUCUGUCUGAAUCCGUAGAUUUGUUUAUUUGAGAUACACCAGGACGAGUUAUGGAUCCUAAACUCCUGAGUCUUGGUCUGAAGGACAUUUUAUUCUGAUGCUUUCCUGCAGAAAGUCAUUUGUUUGCGCAGCUUCUCCAUCUGUGUCCUGUCCCCCCCCCCCGGUCCAGACACUGGUCUUCAGACCAUCGAGCAUCACAGUCCCUGCUGUGUUUAAAAUACUGUUGUUUCUGUCAGAGCUCCGUUCCUGUGGCCUCUCUCGCUGAGGGGUUGUUUUUCAUCCAACAAUCCUCCUGUGUGUUUUUUUCCAGCUGUUUUCUUCCCACACAGGUGAAACAACAUUUUGGGUCUUUUCAGACUCCAUCGAAUGUAGAACCUGGAAUACAGUUGUCAUAGCGACGAUCUAUAGGGCCUCAUUUAUGCAGCGGAGUGAUCCAUAAAAAAACUGUGAUUUCUUUUAUUUGUCUUUAUUUUUCAUUUUUGAUAAAUAAAUGAUACUUUUUUAUAAAUAUA